AUGGAGCCCUCGGGGGCCGCCUGCGUGCUCCGCCCGGGGGACGACCCUGUCGGCGCGGCCGAGCCCGGAGCCGCCCCUGGCGCCGCGGGUGAGGGCAGCCCGCGCGCGCCGGACGCGGCGCAGACACCCUGCAGCCUCGGCGCAUCCCUGUGCUUCAGCUCUGGGGACGGCUCCCCGCCGCAGUCUCGCGCCUCCGCGGCGGAGUGCACGGCGGCCUCCCCGCCCCCGCGGCGCAGCGGCCAGCGGGUAGUGGAGACGCAGUGCAAGGUCAGCGGCCGCGCGUCCCCGGAGGAGCCCGCGUCCCUGGAGGAGCUCGCGUUCCCGGAGGAGCCCGCGACCCCCGAGGAGCCCGGGUCCCUGGAGGAGCCCGCAUCCCCGGAGGAGCCCGGGUCCCUGGAGGAGCCCGCGACCCCCGAGGAGCCCGGAGAGCUGGCGCCCCUGCCUCCCGGCGUCGGGACCGCGCACGGGGAGCCCGACCUGGUCCUCGAGGUGUCCGGCCGCCGGCUGCGAGCACACAAGGCGGUGCUGGCGGCGCGCAGCGACUACUUCCGCGCGCGCGCGUCGCGGGACGUGUUGCGGGUGCAGGGCGUGAGCUUCGCGGCGCUGCGGCUGCUGCUGGCCGACGCGUACAGCGGGCGCAUGGCGGGCGUGCGGCCCGACAACGUGGCCGAAGUGCUGGCCGGCGCGCGCCGCCUGCAGCUGCCCGGCGCCGCGCAGCGCGCCACCGACGCCGUGGCGCCGCAGCUGAGCCUGGCCAACUGCUUCGAGGUGCUGAGCGCGGCCAAGCGGCAGCGGCUGAGCGAGCUGCGCGACGCCGCCUACCGCUUCAUGAGCGACCACUACCUGGAGGUGCUGCGCGAGCCCGCCGUGUUCGGGCGCCUGUCCGGCGCCGAGCGCGACCUGCUGCUGCGCCGCCGCCUGCGCUCCGGCCGCGCGCGCCUGCUGGCCGCGGCGCUGGGGCCGGCCGGCGAGCGCGCGGGCAGCCGGCCGCAGAGCCCCUCCGGGGAGGCGGGCGCGCGCGCGGACGCGGCCGUCUACUGCUUCCAGGCGGCGGAGGGCUGGCGCGAGCUCACGCGGCUGCCCGAGGGCGCGCCGGCGCGCGGCUGCGGCCUCUGUGUGCUCUACAACUACCUCUUCGUGGCCGGCGGCGUGGCGCCCGCGGGCCCCGACGGCCGCGCGCGCCCGUCCGACCAGGUCUUCUGCUACAACCCGGCCACCGACCGCUGGAGCGCCGUGCGCCCGCUGCGCCAGGCGCGCUCGCAGCUGCAGCUGCUGGCCCUGGACGGCUACCUGUACGCCGUGGGCGGCGAGUGCCUGCUGAGCGUGGAGCGCUACGACCCGCGCGCCGACCGCUGGGCCGCCGUGGCCCCGCUGCCCCGCGGCGCCUUCGCCGUGGCGCACGAGGCCGCGACCUGCAACGGCGAGAUCUACGUGUCGGGGGGCUCGCUGUUCUACCGGCUGCUCAAGUAUGACCCGCGGCGCGACGAGUGGCAGGAGUGCCCGUGCAGCAGCAGCCGCGAGCGCUCGGCCGACAUGGUGGCCCUCGACGGCUUCCUCUACCGCUUCGACCUGCGCGGGGCGCGCGGCGACGGGCCGGCGGCGGCGGCGGCUGCGGGCCCGGGCGCGGGCGUCAGCGUCUCCCGCUACCAUUGCCUGGCCAAGCAGUGGAGCGCCUGCGCCUCGCAGCUGCGGCCCCCGGGCGCCGCCGGCCUGCAGCCCUUCCGCUGCGCCGCGCUCGACGGGGCCAUCUACUGCGUGGGCCGCGCGGGCACCUGGCGCUUCGUGCCCCCGCCGGACGGCGACGCGGACGCGGGCGGCAGCUUCGAGCCCGAGCCGCUCGGGGCCCCUCCGGACUCCCGCGGCGUGCUCCUCCCGUUCGUGCUGAACCUGCCCGAGCCGCCGGAGCGCGGCGAGCAGGGCACGGCCUAG